CAAUAUUUUCGGCUCUGAAGAAUCUCCAGGAAAAAAUCCAUCGACUGGAGUUGGAACGGCUUCAGGCAGAGGAGAAUGUAAAACACCUCAGCAGGGAAACAGCAGACUAUAAAAAAGUAUUAAGUGAGCAAAUGCAACACAAAGAGCAUGACAAGACUGAAGUGUCAAGGAAAAAUCAAGAACUGGCUUCUCAGCUGGCAGCUGCUGAGUCUCGGUGCAGCCUUUUAGAGAAACAGCUGGACUACAUGAGAAAAAUGAUCCAGCAUGCAGAAAAUGAGAAGUCGCAUCUCCUGGAGAAACAGGGUUCAUUGGAGAGAGAUCGGCUUCUUGAUCAGUCACAUGUUCAGUCUAAAUUGGAAAAGCUGGAUAUGCUGGAAAAAGAGUACCGCAGACUUACUACGAUGCAGUCCAUAGCAGAG